GCUUUGUAUGUUUCUGAUACAACUGGAGAUAAAAGUGGUCAGGAGGCAUAUAAGGACAGGAAGGGGCUGAACUUCUGUCUCUCAUCUAAAAGUGAACGGACUUUGGCACACGUGAGUUAAGUAAGAGUGUACAUGGGGCAUCAAAACACUAGAGCCAGAGAAGCCAGACAGAAAGCCAGCAGCAAUCAGAAUGUCGUCUGACCAAGACAAGCUGGAUGCAUUCGUUCGACCAGAGCUGGUUGAUUUCAAAGGAAUCUCAAUGACCAGAGUUUUCACUAUCAACUGGGAGAAUGUUGAGAACUUCCGGGCUAGGCCGGAUGAUAUACUUAUUGCAACAUAUGCCAAAGCAGGGACCACAUGGAUCUCCCAGAUUCUUGACCUGCUGUAUUUUGGUCAGACAGAGCGCCAGAAAACCCUGCCUGUCCAUGAGAGAGUGCCUUUCUUGGAGAUUUACUUCCCACCUAACAUGUCAGGAACAGAGCAGGCGGACAAUCUUCCCACCUCUCCUCGACUCAUUAAAACCCAUUUGCCAUACCAGUUAGUGCCGAAGUCCUUCUGGGAGCAAAACUGUCGGGUUGUCUAUGUAGCCCGCAACGCAAAAGACAACAUGGUGUCUUAUUACCACUUUAAUCGCAUGAACUAUGGUCAGCCAGCGCCUGGAGACUGGAACACCUUCUUCCAGAAUUUCAUGAAAGGAAAGAUGGUGUUUGGACCCUGGUACGACCAUGUGAAUGGCUGGUGGAAGAAGAAGCAGACUUAUCCAAAAAUUCAUUACAUGUUCUACGAAGAUAUGAUUGAGGACACUGGACGGGAAAUCGACAAACUCUGCUCCUUUCUUGGUUUGUCUCCUUCAGCUGAAGAGAAGAGAAUGAUAUUAGGUGGAACGGGGUUCGAUAACAUGAAAAAGAAUGACAUGGCCAACUAUUCCACUUUCCCACUGAUGGAUUUCAAAAUUUCUCCCUUCAUGAGAAAAGGGAAGGUUGGUGACUGGAAGAACCACUUCACCGUGGCCCAGAACGAAGAGUUUGAUGAAGACUACAAACAAAAGAUGAAGGAUCCCACCCUUCAGUUCCGUACUACAAUCUGAACAGGACCAGACACACUGAGUGUAUGUAAAGACGGGUUCAUGACUGACCAGAUGUGCCAUUGCUAGAGUGUAGUAGAGGUGCUCAAUGAUUUUGUCUGUGUGUGUGUUUUUGUGCUGAUAACUUCAUAUUAUCAGCACAAAAACAUCAAAGUGAAUAUGUCUGUCAAACAGAGAAUGUAUGUGCAGUAAGUUAAUUACACAAAUACGCAAUAUACCAAAAAAGCUGUAUGAUUGUAAA